CUUUACCAGGCGAGGUCGCUGUUUCUGAAGCUUCGAGUAAUGAACCAUUUUCAAAACAACAAAGUGGUUCAGUGCUUCACCAAAGCUUCAUUGGCCAUCACUAGUUGCUAGCGUAGCAUUGUGGCGAAAGUCGUGUGUGGUUAUUUGUAGAAAUAAACGAAUAACGACCACGAUUGAAAAUGGAUACACUAAAAGCUGAGAUCUUAAGGAAAAGAAAACUCAUCGAAGACAAACAGCUUGUUGACGGCUCCAAAAAAUUCUUCAAAAGGUCUGAUCUUGCACGCAUGGAACAAGAAGAAUACUUCAUAAGAUGUGGAUACAAGGUACAGAGAGAGACUCCUGACAGCCAGAUGGAUAAGAAAGAAGAUAAUGAGCCAUCCACAUCAGCUAAUCCAGUGUUAGAACUGGAGCUAACAGAAGAGAAGCUGCCAAUGACACUGUCGCGACAGGAAGUAAUUCGCCGGCUUAGGGAACGAGGGGAACCAGUUCGACUGUUUGGAGAGUCCGAUUAUGAUGCCUUCCAGAGACUAAGGAAGAUUGAGAUUCUGACCCCGGAAGUAAACAAGGGCUUGAGGAAUGACCUAAAAGCAGCCAUGGACAAGAUUGACCAGCAGUACCUAAAUGAGAUUGUUGGAGGAACAGAGCCAGGAGAAGUGGACACACAGCACGACCUGAAAGUGCACGAAGAAAACACCACUAUAGAAGAGUUGGAGGUUCUUGGUAAAACACUUGGCACAGGAGAUGAUGAUGGAGACCAGGAGCUUAUUGACAAGUUUUUGAGGUUUCUUCUUGGUGUUUGGGCCAAAGAUCUGAACAGCCGAGAGGACCACGUGAAGCGAAGCGUUCAGGGCAAGCUGGCCAGCGCAACUCACUCACAGACCGAGUCUUACCUUAAACCGCUCUUCAGGAAGCUCAGGAAGAAGAGUUUACCAGCUGACAUCAAAGAGUCAAUCACGGACAUAAUUAAAUUCAUGUUGGAGAGAGAAUAUGUCAAGGCAAAUGAUGCCUACCUGCAGAUGGCCAUUGGUAAUGCUCCCUGGCCUAUCGGUGUGACCAUGGUGGGUAUCCAUGCUCGUACUGGGCGAGAAAAGAUCUUCUCCAAGCAUGUGGCCCAUGUUCUCAACGAUGAGACACAGAGAAAAUACAUCCAGGGACUGAAGAGGCUAAUGACUAUCUGUCAGAAACACUUCACAACUGUGCCAUCAAAGUGUGUGGAGUACAACGCUCUUUAACUUGUGACUUCAGCUUAAUUUAGGCUAAAACUGUCAGGUCAGCUGUAUCACAAUCCAAAAUGGGAUUUUUUUCACAGCAGCUCAGUUCUGGCAUCACUGGCUGUCAAAGUCACGUACAUCAGGGGCCUUCAAGUACGUCUGUAGUUUGUCGGGGUAACUGUUUGAGAAAAACAUCUUUUAAACAGAAUUUGGGUGAGUCAUACCUUUUGUAUACAGUCAGAAUUGUGCUAUAAGGGGAAAUUAAAUAAUUUAAAUUUAGGUGGAGAACACUCAACAACCUUUGAAUCCUGUUAGACUUGUCUUUGAGAACUACUGGGAAAACUGAUACACCUGUCACGCCAAUAUUAGUCCCUUGACUUCAGUCCUGUUUAAGAACAUGUUCAUGGAGGCUCUGAGGAGUUCCAACCCAUUGAUACAGGAAAAAGGGUUUAACUUUUUUCUUCUUUUUUUACUGCUCUUGUUCUGUUAAUAUUGGCUUUCACAAGUAUUUCAAAGAUAUAUAUUCAUUAUGUGGGAAGUAAAGUGUCAUUUGCCUAGGAAGAUCCAGUAAUGUAAGUUCUAUUACACCUGAGACAUGACAGUUAUUAACUCCUUAUUGAUGUGCUACAAUCAAAGAAGAUCCAGUUCUAUGUGCAUGUUUGAGUUUUAGCAAAUAAUUAAACCAAUAAAUAUGUCCCCGUACUAUCUCAGUAAGAAAAUAAAGUGUUGCUUUGUUAUAACAGCUGCCAGGAUUUUUAGUUUGUAUGGAGUGUGAAAACUUAAUUUUUUUUCUUUAAGAUAUAUUUAGUUCUGUUAUUGUCGAGAUAUGCUUUCUUGUCUUAUGCAGCCGGUCUGCUGAAUGGGACUAUUUUUAGUCACCAUGUUUUUUUUGGGGGGGUCAUUAAACAAUGUGUCUGCUGGGAAACAGUUCCAAAUAAAAGGCUCUCUGUAAAUGUGC